CGUGACAGGGAAUGGCUGCUGUUGGUAAAUGAACGGGAUAGAAGCAGGAUGAAGAUGUGUUAGUCACCGUCUGAACGAUCGUGCAUUUAUCUAAAAAUGACGAUCUGGCGAAUGAGCGAUAGCAGGUCAAAAUUCGGCGUUGCAAUUUGCAACUUUAGAGAUGAAACGCCACAUCGCUUGAAAUUGGACAUUGGGGACACAGUCCAUAUCGUGCAGGAAUCAGAUGAUUGGUACCAUGGCUUCCUCAUCAGGGACCGGUCGGAGGUGGGUGUGUUCCCCAAGUCCUUCGUCCAUGUCAAGGAGGCUACUAUUGACAUGGCUGGGUCUAACGAGAUGAUCACACCGGUGGAGCCCCAGAUUGUACAUGAGCUGACCACGGUGCUGAGGGAAUGGCAUGGCAUAUGGAAACAGCUCUACGUGAACAAGAGCAGGAAGGACUUCGACAAGAUCAAAGACAUGAUGUUGGAACUGAUCUCCUGGAGGAGAAAAAUCCUAUCCCGAAAACUUACAAAUGAUGAGCUGAAGGUGCUACAGCAGGAGAUUACCUCAAGGAUCGAUGCUGGCAACGAUCUGUUGAAGUUAGACAUGACGGUGCGGGACGACCAGUGUAAUAUCCUCAACCCGGAGUCUACCAGUGUUAUAGAGGUCUACAGAUGUCAUGUGAAUGCAGCAGAAAGAAUCCGAAGACAAACUAGUGCUGUGAUCAGUGAGGAGAUCAGUAAACAAGUGUCCCUCCCCCUCACGUUCAACCUGUUCGUUAUGCUGAGGAACUUUGUGUGUAAAAUUGGUGAAGAUGCUGACAUUUUGAUGAACCUGUUCGAUGCCAAAGAGGGUAAAUUCAUCAGUGAGAACUAUCUUGUGAAAUGGAGUAAGGAGGGUGUGCCAAAGGAUAUCGAAAUGUUGAACAACUUCAGAGUCGUCUUCACCGAUCUUGGAACAAAAGACCGUAUGAGGGAGAAGGUGUGUCUGGUGUUCCAGAUUAUCAGAAUAGGUGUGAUGGAUUCAAAAGAUGCUGACAACAAGAAACAAACUCAGGGAAUCAGACGUCCAUUUGGAGUGGCAGCGAUGGAAAUCUCCGACUAUAUUCAAGGAAACAAAGAGUGCAAUGAGGACCAACAAUACUUCAUCCCAUUUCAGCAAUGUGGAGAAAAAGAAUUUAUGGAGAAUGUUAUCAAGAAAGUCAUCACAGCUAAGGACAUCAACCACAAGGGACAAGGGAUCUGGGUGUCGCUCAAAAUACUCCCCGGGGACCUAAAGCAGGUACAAGAAGACUUCCCUCAUAUAGUCGGAGCUAACACUCCCAUCGCACGCAAGAUGGGAUUUCCUGAAGUCAUUAUGCCAGUGGAAGGCGAUGUGAGGAAUGACAUCUAUGUGACCUUGAUGCAUGGAGAGUUCACCAAGGGGCCGGCCAAGACCGCCGACAAGAACGUAGAGGUUACAAUGAUUGUGUGUAACAGGCAGGGAGGAGUGUUACAGAAUGUGAUCAGCUAUGGGUGCGGAGACAGUAUGAUGUCGGAGUACAAGUCCAUGGUGUACUAUCAUGAAGACAAGCCAAAGUGGUUUGAGUUUGUCAAGGUUGCCAUAUCGACAGAUGAGGAAUUUAAGGGUCUACAUCUCAAGUUCCUCUUCAAGCAUAGAUCUUCUUCCGAAGCAAAGGACAAGUCAGAAAAGCCAUUUGCGAUGUCGUUUGUGAACCUGAUGAAUGAGAAUGGGACAACGCUGGAGGAUUUAUCUCAUGAACUGCUGGUGUACAAGAUUGAAAGUAAGAAACAUGACGACAGCCCGGCAUACCUAGAUCUGCCAUCCACACGCCUGGACCUAGACCACCGUCAGGCAAAUGACAAAAGCCGCCAGUCAAUACAAGCAGGCUGCUACACCCUCAGCAGCAGAGACUCCUUCCACAUCACAUCAUUCGUCUGUUCCACCAAACUCACGCACAAUGUUGAUCUGCUGGGGCUGCUGAAGUGGCACGAGGUUCUCAACGACACGGAGUCUCUCAAGCGCCAUCUGUGGCAUGUGAUGAAGGAGGAGGGUGAGGAGAUCGUCAAGUUUCUACAAGAUUUGCUGGAUUCCCUGUUUAACAUCCUGAUGCAGAACACAAACUCCGAAUCCUGCGACAACCUCGUCUUUGAUGCCCUGGUAUAUAUCAUUGCACUGAUCUCUGACCGAAAGUACUCCCAAUUCCGGCCUGUGCUAGAUGCCUACAUUGAGAGCACGUUCAGCUUUGCCAUGGCAUACAAUAAGUUGAUGGUGAUACUGAAGGACUAUGUAGACAACGCCAAUGAGAAGACCAUUAGGAAUGACUCACUUCUCCGUGCCAUGAAGUCCCUGGAAUAUAUCUUCAAGUUCAUCAUUCGUUCCCGGGUUCUGUUUGCAAUGAUAAAUGAAGGGCGUGGCAAGCAACAGUUUGAGAUCACAUUGAAGAACCUGCUCCAGUCCAUCAACACAAUGAUGCUGUAUGUUACAGACCACACACUGCUGAUACAGGGGGCUGCACUGAAAUACAUGAGUGCAACUAUCACAGACAUCAUGACUGUCUUUGAUCCUGUGGAACUGAGUCACAUUCUGGUUCAGUUCAUCAACAAUGUGCCCAAAGACCGUCUGACCCGUCAGAAGAUGAAAUGUAUCGAUGACAUCAUCCACACAGAGCUCUUUAAACUUCCAGAGUGUCGCCUGGUGCUGCUGGCGCCAAUCCUGGAGCACACACAGCUGCUGAUGGAGAACAAGGAGGAGAUGGAGGACUGUGUGACCGUCCUCAGUGACAUAAUGCACAUACUGUGGACACCAUCACCGGGCACGCACGAGGCUGACAUCAGCGUCAUUGAGAAGGUCAUCCUGCGUACAGUCAUCCAAUCAGUCAUCGGCAUGGACCGCAGCUCAAAACAAGCGAACCGCAGGUUACAGCAAUUCUUUGGCCAUCAGCCUCCUCAGAAUAUAUGUUACAAAAACAUCAACGGCAACUGUGUGGCAGUCAUGAUGAGCAUUCUUCGUCAGAUGUCGGAAAAUCAUUACCAAGGUUACAUCAUGAGCUUCCCAACGACCUUUGACCUUUUGGACUUCCUGAUGGAAAUUCUCAUGGUAUUCCGCGACCUCGUGAGUCGCAACGUCUACCCGUCCAACUGGCUGGAGAUGAUCAUGCUGCAAAAUAGCAUAAUACUACGAGCACUGCGUUUUUUUGCGAACACCAUCCAUGACAAGUUCUCAAGCCCAUUUGAACAACAGCUAUGGAACAACUUCUUCCACUGCACGAUCUCGUUCCUCAUCCAAGAUCCUCUACAACUGGAGAACUGUCUUCCUUCCAAGCGACACAAGAUCAUAUCCAGGUACAAGGAUAUGAGGAGGGAGACAGGCUUCGAGAUCAGGGCCAUGUGGUUCAAACUUGGUCAAAAUAAGAUGCAGUUUAUCCCGGAAAUGGUGGGGCCGAUACUAGAGAUGACGUUGAUCCCAGAAAGUGAGUUGAGGAAAGCAACGAUCCCCAUCUUCUUCGACAUGAUGCAGUGUGAAUUCACCCAGCCUAUACCAAGAUCCAAGUCUUUGCAGGGAAACUUCAAUCAGGUCGAGAAUGAGAUGAUCACACAGCUAGACGCCCUUGUGGAAGGUGGUCGCGGAGAUGAGCAGUACAUGGAGCUGGUGUACGACAUUCUGAAGCAGCUGUGUAGCGGCCACUCUACGAUGCGGGACAAGGGUCUGGAGUUCGUGGAAACGAUACGGAAGCUGCUGCAGCGCCUCCUGGAGUACCGCCUCAUCAUCCAGGAUGAGAUCAAGGAGCACCGGAUGAGCUGCAUCGUCAACCUCCUGGCUUUCUACCAUGCCAUCAAUCGGAAAGAAAUGUACAUCCGCUACUUGCACAAGCUGUGUGACCUUCACCUUGACUGCGACAACUUCACCGAGGCAGCCUACACACUGAUGCUAUACGCCAAGCUCCUUCAAUGGUCGGGGGAGUCUCUGCCACCCAUGUUGCAGAACGACAAGUACCAGGACAGCCUCACACACCGCGAACUGAAGGAGAAGCUCUACUAUGACAUCAUCAAUUACUUUGAGCAGGGAAAGAUGUGGGAGAAGGGCAUCGAGCUGUGCAAGGAGCUGGCGCGCAUGUACGAAGAGGAGCUGAUCGACUACCCCAACCUCAGCCUCAUUCUGAAGAAGCAGGCAGAUCUCUAUGACAGCGUGAUGAAGGAGAUGCGCCCGGAACCAGAGUACUUCCGUGUCGGCUACUACGGACUUGGCUUCCCAUCUUUCCUACAGAACAAGAUGUUCAUCUACCGUGGCAAGGAGUAUGAAAGACUGGCUGACUUCAACGCCAGGAUGCAGAACCUGUUUCCAAAUGCUGAUCUGAUGAAGACUCUCGACCCUCCUGGUGAGGACAUCCGGGAGUCACCAAAGCAGUUCCUUCAGAUCAAUGCUGUCAGCCCUGUGAUGGAGCUGAAGCCGAGGUUUGUGGACAAACACAUCAGCGAGCAGAUUCUCAAGUACUACCGCGUCAACGAGGUUGAGAAGUUCACAUACUCAAGGAGGUCCGAGGAGAGCAGUAGCGACGUCACUAAAAUGUGGCUGGAGAGGACGAACCUGAUCACUGAGUACCCUCUGCCUGGCAUCGUGGGCUGGUACCCUGUCACAAGCAUAGAAACUGUUGCUGUGAGUCCGCUGGAAAGUGCAAUAGAAACCAUUGAGUCGACCAACAAGAAGCUGUCCAGUGCCAUCGAGCAGCAUCGGCACGACUCGGAGCAGAGAGUGGACCCGCUGGGGAUGUUGCUCAAUGGAGUAGUUGACCCGGCUGUUAAUGGAGGAAUCUCAAAAUACAAGGUGUUCUACAAUGAGGAGUAUGUGCUGCAGAGUGGUGGUGAGAAGGACCGAGUCCUGGUUGAGAAGCUCCGGGAACUCACCGUCCAGCAGAUUGUGUUGCUGCGAGACGCCCUGUACAUCCAUCGUAGGAAGGCGCCCGAAUCCCUGAAGCCUUUCCACACUCACAUGGAGCAGCGCUUUGCCGAGAUGUGCAGCAUCAUCGAAAGAGAGUACGGCAUUAAGGUAGCAGACCGGGGCUUCCACUCAGCGACUUUGAGACGUAACCAGUCUCUGCCCAUCUGUAACAACAACCGGCUAAGUGGCGCCUCCCUAGGCAGCCCUGUCGCAGACAAAAAACGGAUGCUAAAACAGAAAAGAGCCAACUAUGCUAUCCCAUCCACGCCCAUAACGAAGGGCGGGACUACUCAGCGAUCACAGUCAGUGUGGGUGAAAGCGGACAAGGUCAGUUCCCCUUCUCCGGGCAAAACGAGUCUGCAAUCUCGCGUGGGCAACAUGAUUAAGCGUGCAUCCCAGGUGGCCGAUCAGCUGACCACUGAUCUCUCCCACAGGAACUCCCUAGAGUCUCCCAUUGAGUUGAAUGAGCAGAGACGCACAUCAAAGGGGAAACCCCAAUUCUACACACCACUUAGCGAACAGCCCGAAGCAGAAAGUGAUCUCACGACACGACGGCCGCCCAGACCGGAGACAGAGCGCAGAGGAAGUCGCCCGCCCAGCAACCAGUUCCGACCGGAUCAGCUGUUGAGUACAAGCAGUUUGAGCCUGUCGUCGGCUAACACCCUAACAGACACCAGUGACACUGAUAUGUCGUCCGACGACCCCCCGCCCCUCCCAGACAAGCAGGGUGCCGACUACAGCAACUCCUCCGUCGACUCCACCCCUGUCAUGAGACGCACAUCCGUCACGCCUGGAUCCCAUAAGAACAAGCCAGUGCCACCUCUUCCACUUGAUACGGACGAUGAUGACAUUCCACCACCCGUGCCUGAAAAACCUUCGCUACCCCACUGAUCCUGCGACCUUCACCUUUGUGCCUAACCCUGAAGGGCAAGGGAAUGUCAGCUGCAGCAUGCAGAGAUCAUCUUUGACCUCUGUGCUUAACUGGAGCCAUAGCAAUGACCUGAUGCAUGUGAAGGUGUAAGGACGUAACCUCUUGACCUUGACCUACUCUUGAUCUGAGUCUUUUAUUGGAAAUGACCGAUAGAGCAUGAAAGUCAUUUCCUAGAUGACCUAAGCCUUGCUAAAUAAAGAGAAUUGAGCAUGUCCUUGAACUUUAAGGAAAGGUCAAUGAAACUGACCUCAGUAUUAAUGUAGGUCACCACAAGAGCAUCAUGUCAGUGACUCCAGAGAAACACGCCGCCUUCAUUACGUCCACAGCAAUGUCUGAUGUUACGUCUAUGUCUGAGAUAUGUGAAACUAUGGGAGAAUGUUUCACAACCUUGCCUAUGCUCAAAAACUUAUACAAUAUGGUCAAAACAUUCAUUCUAAUACCUUUUUUGAAACAGAAUGUUUUGAUGAUCAGCACUCGAAAUAAUUUUUUGGCUUAUUUUGUCACAUUGUUUUUUUUGGGGAAAAUAUCAGUUACAUAUCUAUUUCAGUCAGCGUUGCGGAUAUGUACAUAGGUUAUUGAGCAUAGGUAUGCUUGUAAAAUGUCCCCGGUUCUCUGUGGAUGUCAGCAAUGUUCUCUGGCUGAGCUCGAUCUUGCCAAGCUGUGUAUGUACUGAUUCUGAUGUCUCUGCGUAGUAUUUCCACACGUGCAUGAUGUGCGAGGCUAUCACAGAUGGGUUUCACAGAAUUGUUGAUCAUCAGCCUCAUAUCUGCGAGAAGUAUUUCAUCGUAGUCAACCACCACCUCAACAAGCUUCAAGAUGUAUAUCAGCAGCCUAAAUGGCUUAUAUUAUAGGGCACCAUCUUUGUAGAACGAUAUGUAUAUACUAUCAAAAUGUGUCAAUGAUUGUCCAAUGACUUUAUGAUUUUUUUAAAAGUUAACAUGUACAAAGUGGUAGCUAAUAUUGUAGGAAUUGAUUUGAGGUAUAUGUGAAGGAAAACACGUACAAAAUGAUUUUAGUCAUUUGGUAGGAAAGAUGAAUUGCAUAUUCUUAAAUAGAUCUCUCCAAAUUCUCUCUCUCUCUCUCUCUCUCUCUCUCUAUCCCAUGUAGAUCUCCUGCUGUCCUGAUCUCUUCUCUAUUGCUUUCCAUCUGCUUGUGCAUCAGAAUUCAUAAUAGCGUAUCUAUUGGGGGAACAUGUUCUCUGUGUAUUUGAAUGUCACCUUGACCAUAUUUUCCUUGCAACAUUUUAUCAUGUCAUCGCUCAAUUUUUUUAAGGAAAAAGCUCCACAAUGUUUUUUUACAUGUCAUUUCUUUUGCUCAAAUGGUAUCACUUGAAAUAUUUUCUGAAAUAUUUAUGGGACAUAUGCCAUGUAUUUAACUGCAAAAGGAUAUGCUGAGAUGACAUUUUGGCGGUCUUGUCUCCAAAUAGUUGUCAAGACAAAAGGAUUUAUCCAAGGUGAAUUUACUUGGAGGUAAACGGUAGCUUUUGUGUGCUUUUAAUCAUACACUUCAUGAAGUUUUACCUCUUUUUUGCAAUGUUUGUACUAAUAAUUUUAGCAUAAUGCCAUAUGGGAUGGUUUCCGUGACAACACAUUCAGUCAUUCUGGUAAGAUAUACACUGUGUUCCUCCAUACAUCCCAGAUCCUUGGUGAGUCUCAAAGCCAUGGCAGAUUCAGACAUCCCAUUACAUGAAGGCAUGCAUGAGAUGGUGGCAGGUUUAAGGGACGUGGCAUCAAGGCAAGGUUCACACAGGUUUGAAACGCCCUUAAAAAGUUUUAAAUUUCAAUCCGCCUUAAAAUUUGAAAAGGCUGAAUUUGAUAACUAUGGUUAACUCUGUUGUAAAAUAAAUAUAACACUUAUUUCAUCUCUAAUGAUAACUGAUGACAUCAUGUUGCAAAUGAGACACAGUUGUGUGGACUGGAAUAGAUAGUUCUAUGAAUUAGUAUGAAUGUUCUAGUUAAAAUAUUUGAAAGCACUCUUCGGUCACACUUUAAAAGUAGAAGAAAAGUGUGACCAGUACCUUGAAAAGGCCUUAAAGUUGGUGGUUGUAUGUUUUGUAUGAACCUUGCAUGCAAUCCAAGGAUUUAAUUUUGGUUGUCUUGAUGACAACCUUUUGUUUCUAGCCUAUGGGACCUUUGGAAGCAGUGUAUUUGAAGGGUUGAGGUGAUGACAUGCAUUCAUAAUGUUUCAUGGCCAUUUUUGUACGUUGAUGCCAAUGAAAAGUUUUACCAAAGAUGGAAAUAUGUGAAAAUUGCUCAUAACUUAAAAUACCAGAGGUGACAGAUUAGUCACUGACAUUUGACUGGUCAAAAUGUCUUUACCCUCAUUCGGGGGCACGGGUGGCCCAGUCGUCUAAGGCACCACGAUUCGCUGUGCAGAGUUGCGUCCCUUUGUCACACCAGAAACCUAUGGUUGUGGGUUCGAAUCCCAGUUCACGCCGAUUAUGUUUCUAGGUUUGUCAGCACCAUACCCAUACUCGUGGGUUUCACCGAAGUGGUAAACGCCUGAGACCUGCAUCACUUCAGGCUUUCCUCCCACAUUAAGCUGACACGCCGUGAUAUAACUGGAAUACUGUUAAAAACGGCAUUAAACCCAACUCACUCACUCACUCACUCACUUUACCCUCAUUCCAAAUAAGGUCAUGAUUGUGUGGUUAUUAAAGACAAGAAUCCUGUUGAAGAGACUGGCCAGGAACCAGUCUGGGAGAUGGAGAAAUGCAGUGUUUAUCCUGUGGACUGAGCAUGAUUACAGAGUUAUACUAGUAAUUGUAUUACUAACACCUCCUGUACAGACUCUGUGUGAUCUCUGUUAUAGACAACAACUGAAUCAGUCUGGCGUUUCCUUAAUACAGUUGAGUCUUAUCAUUCUGUCAUAUAAUUAUUUCUUCAUCAAUGCUUAGCAUCUUUAAUGCAUUUAUGGCUUUUGUUUUCAUUGAUUGGUUAAUAGGAUAAUGCAUUUGAUCUGAAAAAAAUACUUGUGAAUCACUCACUUUUUUAAAUAAAAGGCACAAAAUACUUUUCUGGUAUCCAUAUUAUUAUUUAUUUGUCAGGUUAUUGUUGGGUUUGUCCCGAAAUGUAGGUAAUUGUACCUCAGAGGAUCAAUGACAAAAUGGGUUGAUAUAUUAAGGGAAAACGUACUUGUCAAUUUGUUCUUGACCUUAAGGCCAGGACCAUUUAUGAUUCGGUUUGCACAUAUAUUUUUACAGAUACAUGGUCAAAUAAGAUUUUGAUUUUUUCUAAAAUAUGUUGAUCUCUAAAAAUGUUUGAUGAGUGAACUGUAGACAAACAAUCAAGAAAAGAUAUUGUUUCUAAAUUUCAAAUAGUAUUUUGCAAUUUUUUAAUUUUUUGAAAUUAUUUAAGAGACUUUGGGUGGGGGGGGGGAAUAAUUAUAUAAAUGACAACUAAAGAUAUAUUUAUAUACUUAGGCACAGUUGACUAUAUACCAGUUAGUGCAAAACAAAAGGUCGUAACUUGUAAGAAUGUUGUUUUGUUAUUUUACUAACCAUGCAUCUAGUUUCACUACAAGUCCUUACCCUCAAUUCAUUGACACUCUUUCUUCAUCUGAUUGUGCAGAGUCAUUGGAGUUGAAGCAUUAUUUCAUGUUUUGUAUUCAUUUACCAAAUGUAUUUUUGAUGUGGUUUUAAGACAGACGAAGACUUCGAUAUAUUUUGUAAGGAGCUUGCAUUUGCUUAGUUUUAAGUUCUGAAUCGUUCUUUUUACUUUCAUACGGUGCUACACACAUUUGUCUUUCCUGAUGUUCGAUAAAACUGAUGUUCGAUAUCUGCCAUAUAUACAGAAGUGUUGCUUGGCAACAGGUUUUCCUCCUGUAGCGGAAUUGUGUUGGAAAAUGACUCUGAGAGUGAUUCCUGGGGUUUACAGUACCGCCCUGAGUGACAUGAAAUAUUUCUCUCACUCACUUACUCAAGUCACUGUGUCACUGGUGACCUGAAUGGCUUAAGACAAAAAAUAUACAUGAUCCUACCAAAGUGCUGUUUUAAGUGCUAGCUACCUAGCUACAAUUUUGGGCAGUGUAUUUCAAUUGUCCUGAUUUGUCUGGUUAGAUAUAUACACAUGAAAAGAAGUUAAGCAUCUACCCUUCUGUAUUUUCCUUUACCUGAACUUCCUGUAUAUUUUGAAAUAUCAACAGAAAAAAUGUAUUUAUAAGAUAUCACAAAUACCUGCUGAAAUGUCGGUAGUCUUUCUCACAGUCCCAGAACCCUAUUUUUUCCUCUUCGGCCUAGUCCUGACCAUAAUCCUAUUGCCUUAAAUGAAGCAAGUCUAGAUUUUCCAAAAGUUCUGAAUCUCCAACCUCACUGGGCUCCUUUCGCUUUAAAUGUAGAUGCUUGUUUGUAUCAAAAUCAGUUGCAAAAUAUAGAUAUGUCCUUUCCAUUUUUUUUUUCAAAAUGAAUACCUCAUUAAACAAAAACAAGGGGGCAUGGUUGGCCCAGUCGUCGAAGGUGCCUAUGAUCGUGGGUUUGAAUCCCGGUUCACCCCGAUUAUGUAUCUCGGUUUGUCAGCACCAUACCCUUGCUGUUGGUUUCACCAAAGUGGUAAACAUCUUAGAUCUGCAUCACUUCGGGCUUUCCUCCCAGAUUAAGCGGACAUGCCAUGAUCAACUGGAAUACUGUUUAAAGCAGUGUUAAAUCCCCUGACUCACUCCCUAUCAAAAACAAGACCCUUUGUUUGAUAAAUUUAUAGUUUUUUUAUGACAAUUUUUAGAAAUGGCCUUUCCAUUAGGAAAAAUGUAGAGCAGUGCUUACUUGUUUUUCAGGUGUAUAUAGAAAUAAGAUAUAUAUGAGAAGAAAUUCUAUUCUACCAAUUACUAAUUCCUGAUACUGCAAGGUAUUCAUGACCCAAAGGUUUUUUGGUUUUUUCAGAAAUGAAUACAUCGACAGCUAUUUUUUACAGAAAUGAAUACAUUGACAGCUGUGUUUUCAGAAAUGAAUACAUGGACUGCUAGUGACAAGUUCAAAUACCGGUAGAUGCAUUUCUUCAUCUGUAGUGCUCAAAACAUCCUUCCCUGACAGUCAGCUGUUCUAUGACAGAUAUCGACAUGUAGUUGUGUAUAUGUCCCCUCAUUUGUGUAUGUCCUUUGUGAGUUCAUUGUAGACUGUGGACACCCCAUUCUCUGUCGUGCUAUGGCGUACCUAUGCAAUGUUUUGUAUGUUUGUACAUUUCAUAGACCAUCCUCAAAGGAUAUAUUCCACGCCAAAUAUUUGGCAAGUACUAUUUCUGAUUAGUCUAGCGGACAAUCACAUGUAUAUUUGAAUAUACAUCUGUAAAAGUAUUCACUCAAUAUAUAUAUAUAGUAAUCUUCAAAAAGCUGAAAAGCGAGACCAUGUACUGAUCGGUUAUGGUUUCUGCUGAACAAUCAAGCAGCUCCAUCAUAUUUUGUCUCGGACAGAGUACGUGAUCUGUUGUAUUCGUUAUUGAUAUUUCUUCACUUUUCAGAUAAUCGGGUACUGAAAUAUUUAUAGUGGAGUGUUAACUGAAUAUGAUGUUUGAAAAUCUAUUUAUGAAAAGUCACUGGAAUUUCUACCAGAACAGAAAAUGUUUUUAAUGUAUUAGCAUGUAUGACAACAUGAAAUUAAAAUUAAUCAGUUAAAGUUUAACAUUGCAUCGGCAUUAUUUUAGCCAUAUAGCGAUGAUAACAUAUGAAUUCUUUAUUGCACUGUCAAUUAUGUGGCUAUAUUGUCAUAUUUUUUUUAUGAAUGAUCCAAUUUAACUGCUCAUUUUUUAUAAGAUUUAUUUUGAUAGCAUUUAUCGCGAAAAGUGAAUUGAGCUUUUGUAAAAUCUUUUUUCUUGUCAAUACAAUCAUUAUUAAUUUGAGAGUUCUUUGAACAAGGCAGUAAAGUGCAUUUAGAUUGUAAAGGGACAAGAAGUUUGUAGAAAUUUGGUAUUCUGAGCCUAUGAUUUUUUUUAUAGUAUCAAUUUGUCGAUUUAUGACCUAUACUGCAAUGAUUAGAGUGGUUUCAAGUUUACAUAUACAUGUAUAACAUAUAUAUAUAGAGAGAGAAACUAGUCAACUUAUGAACUUGUACAGGUAAUAUUCUCACAAAUAUAUGUCACUUACGUAGUAUAUUUAACACGUAUGCAUAGUAAUAUACAAAAGUGUUACUAACAUACAUAUAUUCCUUCUGUGUGAUCAACAAAAGAUACAAAUAUAACAUAUUUUCAAAUAUUUAGAUAAAAAAAUUAAACAGGAAUAUUAAUGGUUCUAAUCCAAACUAUAUAUGGAAUUGCCAGUGCAUAUCAAUGGUAUUUUCUAAAGUUUAUGCACACAAUGGUUGUGGCCAAUUUGCCUUCACAUUAAAGUCUGUUGCUCAAUCUACCGUUGUCACAUCUGGAAAAGCGUGUCUAUAUCCUGUAUUUAUUUUUUAUACUGUGACUAGUGCUAUGAAAAUGUCAUGCUCGACUUCCUGUACCAUAUAUUGUCAUAAUUAUGUCAAAUUCACUUUAAGGUAAAAUGAUGUAUGCCAUCUUCAUUGAUUACUCCUGAAAUUUGUGAGCUGGAUAUGCAGUUUUCUCAAUUCAACUAUGAAUAUUGAGCUGAUUUAAUUUAAUUGAUGAAUUUUGAAACGAAUAUAAUCUGUGCAGAAUUUCAAUACAAGUUGUUUUUUUAGGUAACAGUUUGUAGAUACUGAUAAAUCAAUCACACUGUUUCAUUGAUAAAUCAAUCACACUGUUUCAUUGAAUCAUCUGUGCCAUUCGCUUCCCAAAACCAGGUUUAAAACUGGUUUUGGUACAUUUUUUAAAUGUGCUGCUUUUUUGCCAAAAUAGUCAGACAAUUUCUAAUCACCCAAGCAUAUUCAUCAUGUAACUGCAAUUGUUCAAGCUUGUAAGAUUACAAAUCUUCAUUUGUUCUGGUACAGCUACAUACUUUUGUUGCCGUCAUGGUGCCAUUGUAUCAUAGUCAGAUUGUACAUAGUCAUAUGGGGAAUUCUGUGAACUCAACAGUACCUGCCUGUCUGUCACUAAGAAACUGGAAUAAACUAUUUCAUAAUAA